AUGAUGUCGCGCGACAGGAGAGUCACGCAGGGGGAGGCGCAAGGGUGGGUGCGCAUAGGGGGGGCUAAAGCGGAAGCCUUGCGUGUGCGCGUGGGGCGGAGAUGGGCGGAAGACGAGGAAAACGUGGAGGCGGAAGCGGAGGAGGCGCUGGGGGAGACGCUAGCACAGAAAAGGCGGAGGUUUGCGCGUAAUGUGGAGCGCAUGAAGGGGGAUGCAGCGCGCAGGCGGAAGCUGGCAGAGAAAGGGCUUCCGCCGCCCCCCCUUGGCGCGCCGGACAACGGGCUGCUGGUCCUGCGGCUGGUGCGCGUGGCGCAUCGCACUCUCGCGCUGUGGCUGUCCCUUCAGGUGAAGAUCCCUAGGCUGCUGGAGAAAGUGCCGGCGCAUGCGUGCAGGUAUGGGCGCAUGGGCGCAUGGGAGCGUGUAGAGGUCUCCAUUGCCCGCCACCCCCAUGCCAUCCGCAACUGCAAGGGUCCAAAGGGGCACAUUCGGUCGGGCAGUCUGGGCAGCCAUGAAUGGGCGCCUGCCACGCCCUCUGACAUCCUCCCGGUCAUCGAAAGUUUUCACCUGCCCGAUCGUCUGCGCCCCCGCGUACCGGACGAGUCGAGAUUUGACGUGGAGAGGAUACCAUCUGUCAUAGAGCUGUGCGUUCAGGCGGGUGUGGACUUGCCAGGCCUGCGCACCGUGCGUCGAACCGAUCCUGUGCACACCGCCAGGCCCGGCACCACCAGGCCAGGCUUGGAGAGCGAAUGGGCGUCAGGAGUGUCUAGCAGGGGAGCUUAUAAGGAGGAUGAGAGGGAUGUGGUGAAGGCGAUUCUAGAGAUGGCUGAGAUGGAAGCAGUGGGGGCAGAGGUGAUGUGGGAUGAAGGGUCUAGGGGAAAGAUGAGGAGAGGGGAGGAGGGGUGGAGAGGGGUCAUGGAGGAGGGUGGGAGAGGGAGGGAGGAGGAGAAGGAUGAUGGGGACAGGAUUGAGAUAGGGUUGGAGAGGAGAAGCGACCGAGAGGCUGAUAGGGAGGAUAAAAGGAAGGGAGAGGAGGAACAGGACGGGAAGGAGAGAGGAGGGGAUAUGGAGGUGGCGGAGGAGGCGUUGAGGGAGUGUGAGGAGGUGAGGGAAGGCGUGGAGAGGGUGAUGGGCAAGUACCCUGUGAUGGUGUGUGGGUACUGCCCUGAGGUGCACGUGGGUGCUGCCGGCCACAAGCCCUCCUCUCACCCCACCCUCUUGUCCGCAGGCGCGCCUAUGCAACGCCUCCAAGCAGCAGAGGCGACACGAGUUGAAGAGCUGACAAAAGCUCACAACUCACCAUACACGCUCCUUCUCCCUGCCUUCCCUGCUCCAAGGUGCGCCUGUGCAACGCAUCCAAGUAGCAGUGGUGCCACGGGCAGCAUGGGCUACAGCCAGCUCUACUCCCCUUCCCCUUCACCCCCUGUUGCUUCACUACUCAAACCCUUCCCCACUCCACCCAUUCAUCCCCAGGUGCGCCUCUGCAAUGCCUCCAAGCAGCAGUGGCGGCACGGGCAGCACGAGUGGUAG